AGAAUCAGCCAGAAUUAUUUCGACAUGGAAUGUUACGAUCUGGUCAUCGUGGGGGCUGGACUCUACGGCCUCGUCAGCGCUGCAACAUACCACCGCAUCCAUCCCAACUCCAGCAUUCUCGUUCUCGAAGCAGGUCCUACCCUUGGCGGUCCUUGGGCCCCCCACCGCACCUUCCCAGGCCUCAAAACAAACAAUCUAUGGGGAACCUACCAGAUCCCCGAUUUUCCGAUGGGAGAAAAGCGAUUUGGCGUUAGCAAGGGGGACUUUGUACCGGCAGAGAAAGUUUACGAGUAUCUGUGCGCAUACGCAAACGAAAACGACAUCAAGAGAUUUGUGCGUGUAGACACCGAGGUCCAAAGCAUCGAGAAGAUGGAGCCAGGCUGGAAACUGCAAUGCCGUUCGUCCACCAAACACCCGGCAGCAGCGAUCCCGAUCCCAGGAAGCAACCCUGGCCAACACAAAGAAGAAGAAGGAGAAGGAGAAGAUGCAUCUGCACUCGUCAUCACCACCUCCAAACUCAUCCUCUCAACCGGUCUAGUCACUACCCCAAACAUCCCAUCCUACCCCCAAUCCCCAACCUUCACAUCCCCAAUCCUGCACUCCAAAUCGUUCCCCUCGCACCACGAAGCCCUUUCUACAUCCCCGACACCCACUCACACCCUCGUGAUCGGAGCGGGGAAAUCCGCUUGGGACAUUGCGCACGCAAGCGCAACAGCGCACCCAGCCUCCACGGCAACAAUGCUGAUCCGCCCAUCCGGAAACGGACCGACGUGGAUGGCGCCGCCGUACGUCACUCCGUUCCGGCUAUGGCUCGAGAAGCUGGUGUUUACGCGGUUCCUUGGGUUUAUGUCGCCGUGCCCGUGGGCGGAGACGCGAGGCGUGGAAGGCGUCUUGCGGCGGUUCCUGCAUGGAACUCGGAUUGGGAGGGCGGUCGUGGGAGCGUUUUGGACCAUUCUGGGGGAUGAUGCGAUUGGCUUGAAUGGGAUGGGGGAGGGCGGAGACGAGCAAGUCAAGAAGCUGAGACCGUGGAGGGGCGCGUUCGAGGUAGGGAACGGAUUGAGCGUCUUGAAUUAUCGGGAGGAUUUUUUUGCGUUGGUGAGGGCGGGGAGGAUCAACGUUGUCUUCGGGGAGGUGGAGAGAUUUGAGGGGGAGAAAACAGUCGUACUAAAGGGAGGACAGAGUUUCGAUGCGGAUGCGGUGGUGUGCGCGACUGGGUGGAGACGUUCAGCGGCGUUAUUCAAGCCCAGGGCGCUGGAGAAGGAACUCGGGUUGCCUACUGACCAACCCCUCGACGAGGAUGAAGCAGCGGUUGUGAACCGAGUUGAGUCGGAAAUCCUUGCACGCUUCCCAUUUCUGAAGACACGCGAUUCAAGUCGAGUGCAUCACCCCGAUCCGUCCCUCCGCCACGCACAAAUUGUAGAUUCCGGCAAGCAGCCGUACCGGCUUCAUCGCUUUCUUGUGCCACUUUCCGACAUGGAGGACCGCUCGAUAGGCUUUGCGGGUGCCAUGAUGACGCUUGGAAAUACAUUCUGCGCCUACCUACAAGCCUUGUGGUUAGUUGCGUAUUUCGACGGCACAGUCGCCAUGGCGUCCGCACCUCCAGAACAACUGCAGCACGAAACCUAUCUUGUGACGCAGUACUGCGCCUUGCGACAUGCAAUGGGCUAUGGCAAUCAGUUCCCCGAUCUUGUGUUCGACUCGUUGCCGUAUUACGAUGCACUAAUGCGGGAUCUGGGUUUCGACGGGAAACGAAAGGGAACCGUGUUUGGUAUGCGGAAUUGGGGAGCUGAGUGCUUUAGAAGCUACGGGCCCGAGGAUUACAUCGGGUUAGUGGACGAGUGGAAACGCAAACUCGAAGUGGAUAUAGAAGGAAAGAAGAAUGUGUAA